AUGAUCGUCAAGAGCACCGACGCCGACCUCCACACGGACGACCUUACCGAGGUAUUUUCGAUUAUGCAACGCUUCAAUUUACGGUUGAACCCCAAGAAGUGUACUUUCGGGGUACACGGGGGGAAGUUUUUGGGGUACAUGGUCUCGAAGAGGGGAAUUGAGCCCAACCCCGACAAGAUCAAGGCCAUCCUGGACAUGGAACCUCCGAGGUCCCUCCGGGAGGUCCAGCGCCUCAACGGCCGGUUGGCAGCCUUGGGCCGUUUCCUUUCGAGGUCGGCCGAGAAAUCGUUGCCAUUCUUUGGAGUCCUCAAAAAGACGAAGGGCUUCGAGUGGUCCGAAGAGUACCAGAAGGCGUUCGAAGACCUCAAGACGUACCUCAUGUCACUCCCCCCCCUGGCCAAACCCGUUAAGGGGGAGGUCCUGUACCUCUACCUGGGCAUCUCGCAGGCCGCGGUCAGCUCCGUGCUGGUCCGGGACGAUGAGGGGGUCCAGCGGCCCGUAUACUACACGAGCCGAGCUCUACGGGGGGCGGAGGUCAGGUACACACCCGUGGAGAAGGCUAUCUUCGCGGUAGAUGCGACGGCGAAAAAGCUGAACCACUACUUCCAGGCCCACCCCGUGCAGGUCCUCACAAAUCAGCCACUAGACGCGGUGAUGAGGGCCUCGGGGUCGGCCAGCAGGUUGGUCAGGUGGGCCAUGCGGCUGAGCCAAUUCGACAUCCAAUUCAAGCCCAGACCCGCCAUCAAGGGGCAGGCACUGGCUGACUUCAUAGUCGAGUGCACCGCCCGGGAGGCCACGGGGCGGGUCCGAGAGGACGACGAGGAAUGGUGGACCCUCUCAACGGACGGGUCCUCCAGCGCCAAAAGUUGCGGGGGUGGGGUCGUACUCAUAACCCCGGAGGGGUUCUGGGCCUACUACGCCCUCCGCUUCGCGUUCAAGUUAUCCAACAACGAAGCCGAGUAUGAGGCGCUCCUAGUGGGGCUCCGCCUCGCGCUAAACAUGAGGGUGAAAAAGCUCAAAAUCCGGUGUGACUCCAGACUCGUCGUGGGACAGGUCACAGGUGAAUUUGAGGCAAGUGACGAAAGAAUGAGGAGGUACCGGGACGUGGUGCUCCAGCUAUUGGGGCAGCUGAUCAACUACGAGGUCCUACAGGUACCUCGGGACCAGAAUACAGACGCUGACAUCUUGUCCAAACUCGCCCAAGGGGCCCCAGUACAUAUCUCAAAAAUAGCUCGAAUCGAGGAUUUCGAGAGGUCGAGCCUGGACGCCUACCCGGUCCUACCCGUGCAAACCAGGCCUCCUUGCUGGCUAGACCACCUCAAGGAAUACAAGAGAACAGGUGCACUGCCUCCCGACGAGGCCGAUGCCAAAUUGGUGAGACGACGAGCCCCCACGUACGUAAUCAUGGGGUACACACUUUACAAGAGGUCCUAUAACGGCACCUUGUUGCGCUGCCUGUACCCGGACGAAGCCAGGGCAGUCAUGGAAGAAAUCCACGAGGGGACUUGCUCCGCCCACCAAGGGGCCUUCGCCGUGUCCCGAAGGGCCAUCAUACAGGGUACUUUUGGCCCAAAAUGGCCAAGGAGUGCGCUGACUACGCUAGGGGUUGCGAAACCUGCCAGCAUUUCCAGGUCACCCUCGGCCGACCCGCCACGAGCUACACCCCCAUCAGCUCGGUCAUCCCCUUCUCCAGGUGGGGAGUGGACCUAG